AUGAGUUACGGCUGGGGAAAGCGAUCGGUGCUGAGGAGCUGGUCCAGGAUGCCCAAAGAGCAGUACAUGUGCCAACUAUGCGCCAAUCACGGUGUUUUCAACCAGCCGAAGAAGGGCCACAAGCAGAAGUGUCCGCAUAGAAACUGCACGUGCAGUUUGUGCGCUCUGAAUACAAAACGGCGCGCUUUGGAUCAGAUUGAAAGACAACUCAAAAAUGCGUCCAACGAGGCAAAGCUUGACCUUCCAACUACGACAAAAGCUGAUGAAUGCCAUCUUGCACCAACGACAGUAAAAUUGCCGCCGACAUUAUCACCUCAUCCAAGCACAUCUCAAGAUCCCAACGCACUGCCACCCUUCAGUGUAGCUCUGCCAGCCACAAUCACUCGGCGAGAGGUACGCGGCCUUCUGAAGGAGGACCUAAGGGGCUAUCCACGGACCGACACGCGAAUUGCCAACCGAACACCUUCGACAAGAACGCUGAAGACAGCGCUUGCCAAUAUUCAACGUACCCGCAGCAUAUUUCAUUCUGCUGAACAGCUGGCUAGGACCUCCUCAUAGAAGCAGUUUUUCACUGAGCGCGGUAAAUUAUGGCUGUGAUGGUGAAAGAAUUGAGA